GCGUGCGCAGACGUGUGACGUCACGCGAACUGACGUUGCUCUAUUAUGUAAAAAUUCACCUCAUUUCUCUUCCUAUUGUUACAAAGUGCAUUUAAAAUUUCUACAAAUAAUAUUGUGAUUAUAAUUGAUAACUUCUAUGUGAUCAGUGCUAAUAAGAUUGCAAAGUGAUUAAUCUAUUAAAGUGUUGUUGAUCAAAAUUGAUCGUUUAAGUUUAAUUCAUAAUUGGACGGUCGGUGAUGUAGUGACUGUUGGUAACUGGUCAGAUAUGGAUACGAUGAUCAGUGUUUGGACUGUGGUGGAACAUGUGAGGGUGGCCAGCGGUGCGGCGGAGCUGGCCAUCUUCACCGCUAUCCUGUACUGGUUCUUCACAUCGAGCCGUGUUGCGGAUAUGCUAGAGGUGGUGGGUGAGCGGGUAGGCGGGUGGUGCGGCCGCGACUCGUCCACGUCUCUGCGACAGGCAGUAAGAGCCCGGCGAAGACAACACAACGAUGUCUACUCCAAACUCGAUGCAGAGAUUGCUUCACGCACAUCAGCUCUGUACAGAGUUAAGGAAGGUCCGGUGGUUCCUCCGCCGCAGCCGCCCUCGCGUCCUCCUGCUGGCCUCGCGUGUGCCCGCUGCGCACCGCUGUCUAGGGAAUCAUGGCAUGAUCCGAAGGCGAGUGAGUCAAGUUCAGUAAUCAAUAUACUGGACAUAGGCCGUCAGAACUUCGCGAAUGGCGGCGUGGUGUCCCGCUAUUUAUGCGACCUAGCACAGUGCGUCAACCUCGUCAAGUAUGAUUACAAGGAUGUGGUGCCGAGCGUAGUGAAAGAUGAACGUUUUCAACGUGCCAUAGAUGAUACGACGCAAGAAGAGAUGAGAAAAUCUAAUGGUACCAAACCAGAUGGUGUCUCUCAGAGUUCCCACAGAUAUACUGAGACCAGGAGGAAAGUGGAAGCUCGUGCUAUGAAGGUGCUUAUGGACAUCAGCUCGGCAAUGUCUAAUAAUGUUCUAAGACUAGUGGCAUGGCUAUGUCAUAAGGCGAUACGUCGCAUCGCAGGCGGUGGUUGUAGUACUCGCUUCGCGUGUGUGGAGCGGUUACGACGGGCCAAAGCCGCGGGUCUACCGCUAGUGUUUGUGCCUCUACAUCGCUCGCACUUUGAUUACAUUCUAGUCACUUUCACAUUGUAUCUUACUGGAUUGAGGCCGCCUUUGGUAGCUGCGGGUGAUAAUAUGAGAAUACCUUUCUUUGGUUGGAUUUUGCGUGGUUGUGGAGCUUUUUAUAUCAGACGACGAGUUGAUGGUUCAGAAUAUCACGGCGACCCUAUUUAUAAAUCAGCUCUCAGGGCCUACAUUCUUAAUAGUUUGGGAGCGAACAACAACUUGGAGUUCUUUAUAGAAGGAGGACGGACAAGAACGGGGAAACCGCAACCGCCUAAAGCUGGCAUCCUAUCUGUGAUAAUGGACGCGUACUUGGACGGUACAAUUGACGAUGCCCUUCUAGUACCUGUAACACUAAACUACGAGCGGUUGGUAGACGGCAGCUUCGUGCGCGAGCAACUUGGUAUGCCGAAACAAAUGGAGACCUUCUGGUCUGCGCUGCGAGGCAUCUGGAGGACUUUGAAUACCAACCACGGCGGGAUAAGGGUUGACUUCAACCAGCCUAUAUCGCUUAAGGAGCUAGUGACGUCAUUCCAGAAGUACAACUACCUGAAGGCGCCCAUCGAGCGCUGUCUGACUCCGCCCAACAACAACCUGGCGGUGAACCUGGACCGUCAGAUACUGUACAACCACAGCCACUCCAGUCUGUACGGCGCUGACGUCAGCACUGAUCAUAAGAUGAUGGUCGAGGCCAUCGGCAGACAUCUUGUAUACGACGCGGCGCAAUCUACAGCCCUGAUGAGUACAAACGUGAUAUCGUACGUACUGCUGAGUGAACAGCGCAGCGGCUGCACCUUGCAGCAGCUGCAGCACUGUGUGGAGGUGCGAGGUGCAGCGCUGCAAGCGGACGGCAGAGACCUCGGAUACACUGGAGAUACCACCUCGCUUGUCAAACAUGCUCUGGAGAUGCUGGGUCGCGGUGUGGUGCGGCGUGAGGGUCGUCAGGUGCGCGCGCAGCUCACAAUCUCCGCUGCACUCGAGCUCUCGUACUACGCGAACGCGCUCGUCGCGCACUACGCCGCCCCCGCUAUACUGGCUACCGCAUUAGAGAGCAUAGUAUGUGAGAGCGAUGAUGACACAGUGCGACACAGUGAGCUGAUAGAGUCAUCUCUGCAGCUGUGUGAGGCGCUCAGUCAGGAGUUCAUCCUGUGUCCGCCCUGCACCCGCAUAGAGGAGACCAUGCUCACCGCUAUCAGUACCCUGGUAGCCUGUGACGUCCUCACUGAAGUACAGGAAAACAAUGGAUUAGAAGAACAGAGAUGGUCGAGACGCUUCGCGAGGAGUUUGGACGACGACGAAGAUGAGGUACUGGAUCAAACCAGACUUAUAAAGUAUAGAGUGUCCAAGACAUCUGAAGCUGUCGCUGAGAGGCGAAGACUGCUUUUAACAAUCCGUCCAUUGUUAGAGGCGUAUUCAAUGACCUGCAGGAAUGUUAGCAAUGGCUCGCAGAAGACGGUAGUCACCAAUACACUGGAAGCAUUGACUGAGGAGUUCACACAGAACAGAAUGCCAUAUGGGGAAGCUGUGUCAACAGAUGCAAUUAGAAAUUGUUUAAAGUUACUCCGACAAUGGGGAGUAAUAGAGAUGUAUUCAGAAGGAAAAGAGAGAAAGCUUCGGAUAAUCCCUCCAUAUGACAACAAAACUAAUUGGGACCAUGUCUGCAAUAAUGUCUAUAAGUUUAACAUGGACACCCCAUUAUUAAGUGUAACCAAGUGAAAAUGUAUCAAGUAUAGUUGCCAAGUGUAAAAGUGUCAACAAGUGUCGUUGCCAAGUGUAAAAGUGUCAACAAGUGUAGUUGCCAAGUGUAAAAGUUGAAUACUGCCAAAGUGAAAAAGGUCUUUGUCAUGUUGUGAUAAAAAAGUGUGGAUCCAGUGCAACUGUCAAAUGUGAUUCUAGGUUAAGCCAAUCGGUGGAAGUGUCUUCUGGUUAGUACAAGAACUUAGUAACUUUAAGUUAUAUAGUUUUAACUGAGUUAGAGUUGAGAACUGAUUUUUUUUUACUGUU